GUGUGUGAUCAAAGAGAAAAUUUCCUCAGUGUUUCGGCAUCAGAAAACAAAUGGAAAAACACAUAAAAAUCCUGUUAAACAGGCUAUCAUGCGCCUCAAUUACCAUAGCCACAUUAACCCUAAUUCUACUAAUAACCAAAACCCCUGAAACAUGCCUUUCAUCCUCAUCAAAAUCCUCCUCCAAUUCCAUAAUAAAAUUCCCCAAAUCAUCUUGUGAUUACACGCACCGUGAAUUAGUCUCAAUCGAUAAGAAAAACAAACGUAUCUGGUCAACUAACGAUUGGGUGAAAAAGGUCAAAUCACUAACAGAACUAUUCCAUGAGAUUCAGAAUCAAGUGGGGUUGAGGCUUCUCAAUAACUAUACAAAAGCAUUGUGUGUAUCUGCUGGUGCUGGACAUGAAGUUAUGGCUUUGAAUCAAUUAGGUGUAAUUGAUGUAACAGGUGUCGAACUCAUUGAAUCUCCACCCUUGGUCAGUAGAGCUGAUCCUCAUAAUUUACCAUUUUUCGAUGGAGUUUUUGAUUUUGGGUUUACUGCUCAUUUAACUGAAGCGUUGUUUCCGUACCGAUUUAUCUAUGAAUUGGAAAGAACGAUUAGAUCUGGUGGGGUUGUUGUGGUGGUUGUUGAAGAAUGUAAUGCUGAUGAGUUGGGGGAAAUUAAGAGUUUGUUUAAUAGAUGUCAUUUUGUUAGCGCUCGUAAUGUUACUUUGGCUGGAUUGAGAAUGACUCAAGUUAUAAUGCGGAAUCGGGUUCCACCUUAAAUAUGGAAGGGAGAAAAUUAGGUUUUUGAUUUUGCGUUUCUGUUGGUUCCAAUGAUGUUAUUUCCUCUCAUAUUGAUGAAGCGCCCAUCAGCGUCGCUCUAACAUUGGAUGAGGCAUAUGGUCUAACUCUAUGGCUGAAAUCAUGGCAAUCAUAUUUUGCUUAGACUGGGCUGUCCUUCAAGGAUGGCAUACAUUGUGGAUUGAAUCAGAUUCCUAUUCAGCUGUUAAAACUCGAGUAAGGAUCAUGC